CGACGGUGAGACUACUGUUGGUACUUUCUCACGGCAGCUGUUCUAUAAUUUGCAGUGAACGCAAGUGUGUGUUACACUGUGAACAGUGAAGUGGUCCGUCAGUGCGUUAAGAAAUGGCGAUACAUUAAUAUGACAGAAUAGACCAAGCUGUGAAGAGAUCAAGGGAGUGAAUGAUCGUCACUCAGAAGUGUGUCCUAAUGCAUGGUGAAGUUACGGCCUGUAGACGGCUCGGGUGUGGACGCUUGUCAGUCAAAACUGCGCUCAGCUGACACACAGCCACGCCAGCGCGCACCUAAUGUACGCCCCCGCGCGCAGUCACAUGUCCUACUUGCACACACACACCCGUCUAAUGUAUGCUCGCGCCAAAACUCUGCUGAUGUAUACUCCCGUCUACAGACAGAUGACAGAUACCUACAGAUACAGUGCGCUGCUAUACGCUCUCGCGUGCUGUCAACCAAUGCACGCCCUUUCCUACAUUCAAGGGGUACACCUGUACAUUUACAGUCAGGUGGGCUUAAUACUCACCUGGCCCUACAGGCAGCUGAUAGCUGUCAACACCAUUCUACAGUAUCCACCCGUCCAUCAUUUCCCGCCCACCAAGAAGUGUCCUGGGACCCCAACACGCACGUGUACGCCACAAGCACGUGCGCAGGCGUGUCUAGGGGAGCGACACAGAGUGAUGCACGCCAGCAAGGGGUCCCUCUCGCCAGAACAAGUGAGGUCCGUGUGGAAGGCAUCCGGAAAGCGGCGUGUGACGGCUGUGUUUGGGACACAGCAAGUAACAGGCACGAGGCCAAGAGUGACUCUCGGAGUGAAGGAAAUGGUGGUGUAGUAGGCUCCUCCUCGUCAUCGUGGCUGUCGUCGGACGCCCUGUGCCUCUUGUUCUGCUGCAGGAGGGAGCCCCGGGAGGACGACGACGAGGAGGCGGCAGACAAGGAAGGUGCUACUGCCUUGACCGUAUACAAGGUGUAUGGCAUGCGAGGAAACCCUCGCCUCUCCCGGGCCGCCCUGCAUUACGAAGAUGAAGACGAGGAAGACGUGAGCGAAUCCGGGGCUGAUGACGUAUCGAACACCCUGAAGGUGCUGACGGCGAAGCUGGAGGACCUGCGCACGUGUCACGAUCUCAUCAUGAAGCACGGGGCGGCCCUGCAGAAGUCCCUGGGCGAGCUGGAGGCCCUCGACAACACCCACGACCUCACCGCCAAGACCAAGACCGUUAACGAGAGAGCCACGCUCUUCAGAAUCUCCUCAAACGCCAUGAUCAACGCUUGUAAUGACUAUGUUGAGGUAAGCAGCACUGCAGGGCGCAAAUGGCAGCGUCUUCUGCAACAUGAACGCGACCAGCGUGUAAGGCUGGAAGAUAUGGUGGAGCAGCUUGCCCGCCAACAUUCCCAUCUUGAGCAGGAGGCCAAGGAACAGAUGAGCCAAGCCAUGCCACCUGGGCACAGUCACAGUGAGGAUGAGGAGGAGAAUGAGUUUGAGGAUGCAGUUGAAGAGCUAGCAGAAAACUUUAUUGUGCAUGUAAAUACUAGCCAAGCACACAAAAGGUCUAAUUCCAAUGUUUCUCAGGCAUCGGAGGGUCAAGGUGUAGGGGACACAGUGUCAGCAUCCAGCAGUGAAGGCGACGGUCAGGACAACACAGUCCAAGUCAUCAUGAGAAAAGACAACAAUACGGAUAGUAGCUAUAGUUUAAGUGAAGAAAUGGCAAGCCUGAAUGGGUCUCAAGCCACCACACCAACAGAAGAAAUGAAGCAAGCUAAUGGGCGACCAAAGCGUCAGCGUCGAUGCCGCGUUCCAGAUAAACCAAAUCAUCCUAUUAAUCUAUGGUCUAUUAUGAAAAAUUGCAUAGGAAAAGAACUUUCUAAAAUUCCAAUGCCAGUGAACUUUAGUGAGCCUUUAUCCUUCUUGCAACGAUUAACGGAAGAUUUUGAAUACACGGAUAUUUUGGAUAGAGCAGCUCAGACAGAGGACACGUGUGAACAGCUGUCAUUGGUUGCUGCUUUUACAGUUUCUUCUUAUGCUACAACAGCUGAAAGAACAGCAAAACCUUUCAACCCUCUUCUUGGUGAAACCUAUGAAUGUGACCGCACAGAUGAUCUUGGCUGGAGAGCAAUCAGUGAACAGGUGUCUCAUCAUCCGCCCAUUGUGGCGCAAUAUGUGGAAGGCUGUAGUGGUUGGAGAAGCUGGCAGGAGUUCUCCAUGUCAUCUAAAUUCCGUGGCAAGUAUCUCCAGAUCAUCCCCCUCGGCAUCGCACAUCUCCAUUUUGAUCACAGCGGUAAUCACUACACUUGGAGGAAGGUGUCCACAACUGUUCACAAUAUGAUUGUUGGGAAGUUGUGGUUAGACAACCACGGAGAAAUGGAGAUUAUUAACCACAAAACUGGAGACAAGUGUUGCCUUAAGUUCAUUCCUUAUUCUUAUUUUUCUCGAGAAACUCCAAAGAAGGUUACUGGUUAUGUAGUAGACAGUGAUGGUACUUUUAAAUGGUUCAUAACGGGCAUGUGGGAUGAGAAGAUUGAAGCAUGUCGUGUAACUUCUCAGUCUAUGAGGGCUGGCAAGCCAGUAUAUGAAACUGGUCCUCCUAAAGUUCUCUGGAAAAGGAAUGCAGUUGAUCCUGAAGCAGAAAGAUACUAUAACUUUACUGAGCUGGCAUGCCAGCUGAAUGAGCCAGAGGAAAAUGUGGCCCCUUCAGAUUCUCGGAACAGACCUGACCAAAGGUUAAUGGAAGAAGGUAGAUGGGAAGAAGCAAACUUGGAGAAACUUAGAUUAGAAGAGAAACAGCGAGCAACUCGGCGCAAACGAGAAGCAGAAGCAGAACAGGCAACUGCUGAAGGCCGAGAUUAUCCAGCUUAUAGUCCAACAUGGUUCAGAAAGGAAACUGAUGAAGCAACCGGAGCACUUAUCUUUAGAUACACCCACGAGUACUGGGACUGCAAGGAACGUCAGGAUUGGUCCAGAUGCCCAGAUAUCUUCUAGUACCCAAAUACCUUUUAGUACCUGCCUUAUUACCUACCACCUAUUUAUCACCUGCCAAAUCAAUGAUGGCCCUCUACAGGCAGUGUUGUCCAGUACAUCAGGAAAGUUCCAAUAUGAUUUGGAGCUACAUUGAUGGAAAAGUCUAUUUUCUUGGUUACUACAGUGUCAUACAACAUGAUUGUUCCAUUUCGUCACAGCUUGGUCCCUAAACUCGUAUGUGAUAUACUGUAUGUAACAAGUCAUGUAUUCAAAUAAAUUUGUGAAAGUCUGUACACUCACAAGCUCAACCUCUCUAAGGCCUCAUUGUUGAAAGAGAUUUUGAGUUGUAAUGGCAAAUACUUUGAAGAUGUGCAGAGCCCAUAGUAAAUCUCAUGUUCGCUGUAACAGUGAUAUAUCUACUCAAUAUCAAGGACUCGGAAUUACCUUCUAAGGCUCUAGGUGCUAAUGCUCAUGUGUUUUAACUGCAGUCUUGAGGUACUUUUGAUCCUAUUAAUAUGGCAAUUUUUAUGGUGUUAAAAGUUCAAUUGGCAGAAAUUAAAUUACAGAGGUGCCAGUAUACUGAUCCAGCUGUGAACCGAACAUUACUAGUAAACAUAGUUUGAUUUGAGCACCAAGUUUUGUAGUUAUAAUGUGUUCUCUGUUCUUAAUGCAUAUUUUAUGGUCUCAGCUAUUACUUUGUUUAGUUAAUGAAAUUUAUAAUUUCUCAAAGUUAUGGGGCUUGUGCAAACUCUUGUAGUGGUCAAUUUCCCAUUGUACAGUUAUAUUUUCACUAGUAUUCCCACUUCUAGUGAAGAAAACCUUUGCUAAAAUAUAUUGUUAAAAUGAUUUAUCUUCCAUGGAUAUAGUAUAUUCACUGGAAAUGCUGUCCUUUAUUUCAUUAGCUAAUACUGUAAUGCCAGCUAUUGAAUAAUCUGAAAAUAAUUAUGUUCUUAUUAAAUUGUAGAUGUGCAAGAGGCUGACUAAACUGUUUCUUGUAUUCCUACCACAGCCUAAAGAACAUUUUGUGACCGAAAUUGAUAUUUGGUCACUAAAAGUAAUAACAUAGUCACUAGCCAGUCAUUCUUUAGUGAAAAACAAUUCGUAGUUCAUUGUAGGGCACCCAACACAUUGAAAUAUUUAGUUACAUGAUCAUAAAUUAGUGUGCUGUGAAAUUGUCAAAAUUGUUAAACAUUGUAAAAACUCUGGAAUACAUGUAGAAGUAAAUGUCAUGAGUUUUUUCUUGUUAAGUGAAGACAUUGUUAAUUUAUGACAAUACUUUAAUAGUUCAAACAGUAAUAACUGCAAGCACAUUCAUUUUCAUUAACAAAUAAUAUUAAAUAUCUGCAGAUAGUUCACUAGCAAUUUCCAUUACCAUACUUUGAUGUGCUUUAAAAAUUUUGAAAUAGGCAGUAGAUAAGAGUGUGACCAUGCAAGUACUGUAUUGCAAAUAGUACCUAACUCUUCCAAAUACAGUAUACUGUAUAUAUUUUUUGUUUUUAUUCACAACAACUCAACGUAGACAGAAUAUAUGUCCAUAAUGCAGGUAAUGCGUCCCAUAACACACAUUCUGUACUUAACAAAGGUAAUAAUGUAAUCAUCUCUUUUUACAUACUGAUGAUUUUCACUUUAUUUUUAGAGUUGUUACUUGUUUGCAUGUAUAUUUAGAAUAUAUUUUUGGAUUCCCUUGUGUAAAUUUCCUAUUUGUCACUAGAGAUAACAACUGGAAUCUGCAUAAAUUUAUAUGUAUAUACAGUAUGAUAUGCACUUAUAAUAUAUUUGCCACUUCCUAUAGGCCAGUCUGCUGCAUUCACUUAUUUUGAGGUGUGGAUUAUUGUUAGGCAUCCCUAUCAGGGGAGACUUUAUUUACAAUUAUUUUAUUAUAUUUUUGGGCAUUUUUUGCAUAAAUAUAAAAUAUAUAUUAAAUGCCAGAUUGUAAAAUAAAUCGUUGUCCAUGUGGUGUGGUUUAUGACAUUUGUUUCAAGACUACUGUAGUAUGGAGUGAAAAUUAAACAUGGCAUCUUGUAUUAUGUUAGUUAUAUCAUUGAAAUAUCUACGACAUGUCUUUAACUGACCUCUAUUUUAAGUGUUAUUUUAGACUUGUAUUGCAGUACAAAAUUUUUGAAAAAUAAUGUUCAGAAUUAGAGUAAAGACUAAAAUUCAUAAAGUGCACUGAACUGGCAAUUGUAAAUUAAAAGAAUAUUAAACAUAAAAAAAAGUGUUCAGAUUAUUGCAUCUUGUUCAGCUACUCCUUAUAUUUGUUAUAUAUUUAAUAUCAAAUGUAUUGAUGGGUAAUUGGACAUAUUAACAUUUAAAUUACAUUAUAUCUAGAUAUUAACAUCUAUUUGGGGUUUUAACUCAAGACCCAGCAGCUUCAUUCACAUAUGUUGAAGGAGUUUGUGUAUGUGUAGGCUUUGUCAUCAUGAGUGAGAUGUUAUCAACUACUGGCAAUAGAAAACUGAAAUUUUUGAAGCAUGGAAGGUUUGUAAUACAUUAAAUAAGCAUAGAAAGAGUAAUUAAAAUAUUAAUUUCUAUACUUUUUAAUAUACUUCAUUCACACCAAAAUAUUUACUGAACUAAAUUUUUAAUAAUUUUGUUUUCUCUUAAGUUUAACCCUUUAACCAGCUUAGUUGUGAAUAAUAUCAUUUACUUCGUGUGUGUUUCAGUUGAGAAAUUUUAUGUAUUGUUAAAAUUAAAUUUUGUAUAUUAUCAAAUGGAAAUGUCUCCCGAGUCAUCAAGACGUUUACAACGUUUUUCGUUAUACGAAAAUCUAAUUUUCUAUACUGGUAUAUUGGUUUGUUAUUGCAGUACAUAAGAGCCUGAAUCUGAGAGCAACAUAGUGAUUGUUGAUCCCUUGUAUGUGGCCAGCCGUCCCUGCUCCCACACGUGUUGCCAGCCAAACUCCAGUGGGUCACCACAAGAUAAUGCUAUCCUCAACCUCCAUAAGUUCAUUUUUUAUUUUUCGUACUUGAACCUUAUGAGGAGCAUAGAUUACAAAUUAUCUUCCAUGGAACCUCUAAAAGUUGCAAUUCAUCUCUGCAACUUCCUCAUAAAAUAUUUUGUUGUAUAUUUUAGGAUUUAAAAAUGGCAAGAUUAUUAUUCAUACUCUUAUGAUUUUUAAUUUAAUAACUGCUCAAAGAAGCUCCUGGCUUCAUCUUAAGUUACUUUUACAGAAAUUUCAGUGUUUAUAAUAUAUUUUUGUCAACAAAUAAAUGAAGCCAAUACGUGUGCUUCAUGUGAUGGUAUUAGUUACUUUGUUGUAUGUAGGCUAAUGUAUCUAUUAAGCUUGGUCAUGAAUUAAAUACAAGUGAAUUCCAAGUUGGAUGUAUUAGGAUAACACACUUGAGUUUUCAUUCACUGAGCUCCAUAUUCAAAUACUUGGAGUUAUUACUGUAAAUAUUUAUUGUUUUGGGAAAAUGGUUUUCCCCAGGAGGACGUGAGUGUGUGUGGUGCUGUGUGAGGGCACGUUGCAUUUUACCCAGUUACAUCUCUGGAUUUGUAAAACAUUCUCAGCUGUUAGAUAUUCUAACAGUUAAUAUCUUUUCAUUGUAAGAUGAUGUGUGUGAAUUACCAAGUCAAUGCUGUUGAUGCCAACUGAAGAUGUUGCCAAUCUUGACUGAAGGUAAGAGAAAUUGCAGAGAACAUUGAGAAAAAUACAUAAAUUUUAUUAAAUUUGUAUCUAAUUUUCUGUUGGGGGAUCAUUCAGGUCCAUAUAGUGCUGCAUUCAUUGCACCCUUCUACCAACUUAAAUAAUGUUCUCAAAUAUCAGAUAAUGUUGAGAACAACCAUUUUAACACAUUUUCUUUUUAUGAGAAUCAUUGUGUCACUUUUCUGGUAUAAAAUGGUUUUAAAAGUACAUUAGAAUGAUUGCCCUUGCCAGGAAAUAGUUUGCCUGCUUGUGAUAAAACUGAAGACGUAGAAAAUUAGAGCAGCCAAGAGCCCUUUUAGGGCAGAAUAGAGAAGGUGACUGCUCUGGGUUAAAGAGAAUAGAGCAGCCAUCAGCUCGUAGAAAUAAUAGUACACCUUGUUUAGGGACUUCAUCUGUACAUAUUCCCAUGAUAGGGGUGUAUGGUGACCAAUGUUACAGUUCAACCUUAUUAACUCUGCACUCCUCUGCUUUAUUUAAGGAUCUAAUUGGUUAUCACCAACCAUAAUGAAACCAAUUGCCAGAUAUGUAUCUGGUGGUCCAGAAUAAGGCUGUCAUACAUGACAUAGGCUCAGAAUUAAUGAGGAUGAACUGCAGUGUUAGACUAAUAGUUUAUUGUUUGAAUGAGAUGAUUGAAGAUACUGUUGUUGAAGCUUUAUAUGAGGAGAUCUGUCUCCUAUUAUUUUAAAGUCUGGCUUUACAUGAACUUUAUAAAUAAAAAGAGUGAUUGGCAAUUUUUAGGUACAGUCCUUUGAUUUUAGUGUUAAAAAGAAAUUAGCACAUACAAUUUCCUUAAUGAUCAGUUCAAUGCCAAAUAUUAGACAUCAAAUAAUGGCAGUUGUAGUUCCAGCAGCAAUAUUUAAUUGCAAGUGGAUAUUGCCUCAGUCAGAGAUCUCUUGUUGAAAGAGAAUAUUAAAGAUUUAUUAUUAGCACAUUAUUCUUACAUAUAUUAUUUGUAUAAUGCAUCAAUUGCUUUUGUGAUAUACAAGAAAAAAAUAAAAUGGGAGCUAGUAUUUAUGGAUAA